AUGGCCAACGACUCCGAAGUGGAUACCAUCCCGACAGCGAUCCUUGAUUUGGUCAGGCGCACGGAAAGGCUUCUCGUGCGCCAAGCAUCUAACCCCAGUCAACGCAUGCUCGUUGCGCUUGCAGGUGUGCCUGGUUCGGGAAAGUCUACAGUAUCUGAAGCGCUCCUAGCCGAGCUCGCGAAACAAGGUGUACAAGAUGUCGCUGUCGUGCCCAUGGAUGGCUUUCAUUACACUCGGGAAGUUUUAUCGACUUUUGAAAAUUCCGAACUGGCCUUUAAAAGACGUGGCGCUCCGUUCACGUUCGAUGCCGAGGGAUGCGUAAAGCUUGUGAAAUUGCUUAAAUCAACGCCUGUCACUGUGCGGGGUGAAGAUGAUUUGUGUAUUGCUGCGCCUAGCUUUGAUCAUGCACUCAAGGAUCCAGUGCAGGAGGGUGUCCGUAUCUCUUCUCGUAUCCGACUUGUGAUUAUAGAAGGCAACUACACUCUUCUAAGACAGAGUCCGUGGGAUCAAAUUGCAGAGAUCUGCGACGAAAGAUGGUUUGUCGAUGCGCCUCCGGAGAAGGUUCGUGUUCGCUUAGCGCAGCGUCACCUUGCUGCUGGGAUCGAGACAUCGAUGCCGGCUGCCAUUGCGAGGGCCGAAGAGAAUGACAUCCCGAAUGGCGAGUUGAUACGGUCGAUGCUCAUGAAGCCGGACGUCAUCAUUCAAAAUUGA